UCACGUGACUUUUCAUUGAAGGGGCACGUGCGCCGGAGCUUCAGCUUCAAACGGACCAUCACGAGCAGGAAGCGGCUCCCAUGGCCUCUCCACUGAAAGUGUGCAUAGUCGGGUCUGGAAACUGGGGCUCUGCUAUUGCCAGGAUUAUCGGAGAUAAUGCCAGGACAUUGCAGCAUAUUGCUACCACUGUGAAGAUGUGGGUGUUUGAAGAAAAUAUUAAUGGCAGGAAGCUUAGCGACAUCAUCAACACUGAGCAUGAAAACGUUAAGUACCUUCCUGGAUACAAACUACCAGAGAAUGUGGUGGCUGUACCAAAGCUCUCUGAUGCUGCUAUGGGAGCUGACCUGCUGGUGUUUGUCGUCACUCAUCAGUUCAUUAGGACACUCUGUGAUGAAAUGGUGGGCUGUGUCUCUGCCAGAGCUCGAGGAAUCACGCUCAUAAAGGGUAUAUAUGAGGGUCCAGAGGGCCUGAGGCUGAUCUCUGACGUCAUUCGUGAGAAGAUGGAGAUUGAUGUCAGUGUCCUGAUGGGAGCAAACAUCGCCAACGAAGUAGCAGCUGAGAAGUUCUGUGAAUCCACCAUCGGUACGGUAGGCAGCAGCCUAAGCAGAGAAGCCCACACCUCCCUCUCCCCGGCCACCUCCUGCACAGUGUCCUGGGUCUGCCCCGGGUCCUCCUCAGAACACCUCACCCGGGACAUAUUCUUGCCAGACGCCCGAACCGUCUCAACUGGCUCCCUUCUGUCAUGCAGGAAUGUGGAGAAUGGUCUACUGUUCAAAGAGUUACUGACGACUCCAAACUUCAGGAUCACAGUAGUGGAGGAUGCUGACACAGUGGAGCUGUGUGGAGCUUUGAAGAACAUCGUUGCAGUGAGUGCAGGUUUUUGUGAUGGCUUGCAGUGUGGAGACAACACCAAGGCAGCUGUGAUCCGUCUGGGCUUGAUGGAGAUGAUAACCUUCGCCCAACUCUUUUCUAAGAAUGGCGUGGUUUCCACAUCGACCUUUCUGGAGAGCUGUGGUGUGGCCGACCUCAUCGCUACGUGCUAUGGCGGCUGCAAUCGACGAGCAGCAGAGGCCUUUGUUAGAACAGGGAAGAGCAUUGAAGUGCUGGAGAAGGAGAUUUUCAAUGGUCAGAAGCUCCAGGGUCCUGCCACCUCAGCUGAGGUUUACCGCAUCCUCCAACAGAAGUGCCUGGUGAAUAGGUUCCCUUUGUUCACAGCAGUUUAUCAGAUUUGUUUUGAGAAGAGGCCAGUCCAAGAAAUGAUUUCCUGCCUGCAAAGCCACCCAGAGGACAUGUGAUCGCCUGGUGCGUCUCAGGAAGCUGUUGUUUUUCCAUUGAUCAUUUUCAUUCUAAGGUGAAGUUUGCAUUAGGUUCUUAUUCUGUCAAAAACAAUCCCCAACAGCUUUAAAUAGAACACCCAUAAAAUAAAAAGUCCUUUAUCAUUUCAAUUUGUACAAACUGUCAGAAAAAGUUCUUCCAGGCUUCCAACAGUGUAGGAUGAAAAAUAAAUCCCCGUGUUAAAACACAACAAAGACUGACUCUCCCACUCAGUGUGUAUCCAUGCCAGCCCUUGAACCACUGUCACAUAUGAAAACGAGGUAUAAUCUGAGCUUCAAAACCGUGGAACAAAUCACCCAAUAACAUCUAUAUAAGUGAAAUUGUGUUUUAGCGUGGGCCUUUUGUGGCAGCUAUAUUUGUUUUUGUUACCUACACGACCAACUUCACAUUUUUCUCGGCAGGUUGAUUACCACGCUGCCCACGGUGCUCCUUAGACUUAAAACACAACAGCACGCACAAGAUCAGCUCUGGGUAGAGCAUGUGUUUGUGUGUGAGCCUUGUGAUAGGAAUAGGCUGGGAAACAGAUGAAUGGAUAAUGAGCUUGUGUGUCUUUAGCUGUGAUACUUCAGUGUGCUGAUGUUGCAACCUUCUCAGAAUUCUGCUGUUAAUUUGUUGGAAUAAAUGCCACUCAGACUGAUUUCUCCAUGUUUUAUCUAAAAGUUUUCAUUGUUAAUCUUGAAUCGUGUCAUGAGAUGGAUAAUAGGUUACAGGUUACCAUCUUUUAAAGGCUGCAUUCUGUGUUUUUGAUUUAUUUUUGAAAGAUUGUCAUUAACAUUUGUCUCAGUUUGUGACCAAAUAUUUCUGGAACCUUUGCAUUGCAGUAUGUUUCUGUUUCUAUCAGUGAUUUAUCAGAUGUGUCACAUAUCAAUAAGCAGUUGUGUGCUCAUUAACAUUGCUACCUUGCCUGUCAGUGGCCACCAGCAUGG